AGCAAAAACGUUAAGAUGGUCAAAAUUUGUUCGUCUCUUUUUGUUUUGUUGGGCCUUGUGUGUCUGACAUGGGGAUGGGAACCGGGUACGCAGUACGUGUACAACUACGUCGGUCGCUCGAUGGCCGGUAUUCACAAACUGAAACAACAAAAUGCCGUAGUUGAAUUGAAAAGCAUUGUCACCGUUCAAAGCGUCGAUGAAUAUACCCUCGCCGUCCAGCUGACUUACAGUAGCGUUAGCCGCAACGGCUAUUUCUUGGGUAACCCAUUGGACAGAACGCAAGACAUUCAAGGGGAAGAGGACGAAAUCCCCGACUUGGAUAUUCUCUACGCUCCGUUCACCAUUUACCACAAACAGGGCUCGAUUUCCGGAAUUAAAACGGGAGCUGGUGAGCCUUUGUGGAUCGUCAACAUCAAGAAAAGCAUCGCCAGCCAGUUGCAACUGGACGUUACGGGUGUCCGUAAUGAAGGCGCUGCUUUCAACUACAAAGCGGCCACUAAGGAUGGCGAGAAAGCCGCGCUGACCGUUUUGGAGGAUUCUUUGACUGGAGAUUGCAGUACUUCCAUUGAAAUUAGCCGCUUGCCCUACGCUCAGGUCUUUGCUUCCGCUGGAUUCAAACUUGAAUCCUUCGAUGAUGUUUGCGGAAGCAAACCUGUUUAUCAAAUCCUUAAAACCAAAGACUUUAACAACUGCAAGACUAACCCAGCUUGGCACACGACUACCUCAAAUGUCUACAAUUGUGACUUGGACAAGGCAAACUGCGGCGAUUUCUUGAAGCGUACAUCAGUGACUAAAUAUGUGGCUUGCGGAGAAUCUUUGUCGAAGCUCACUAUCGUUUAUGCCGGUGGUUACAGUGACCUGAUGGCUCAACCAUUCGCCACUAAAACCGACGAGUUGGUCAACGCCGUUAUCACAAAAUGGACAUUGGAGAAAAAAGAAAGCAUCGGCUCACACUUGGCCGCUCCAGCUUAUCCCAAAGAGCACAAGAGCCUGAACUACGUCUUUGGUGAUUUCAACCAACUGAGCCAGGAUGGAGUUGCUGUUCAGCCUAAUUUGCAUAGUGCUUACGCCAAGAGCCCAGCACCCAUUGAGGCUCUGCAUGGCAGCGUCUUGGACAGCCUCCAGGUUGUUGCUAGCGAUUUGAAGGAGAACUCCGAUUCCGACCAGGACAAUCUCGAUCGUCUGGCUGUCAUUGGUCGUGUUUUGCCCAUGUUCUCUCUGGAUGAGUUGAGAUAUUUGUGGGAAGAUGUUAAGAAUCAAGAUGCUGUUAUUGUGAAUUUGUUUAUUGAUUGCGCUGUUCAAGCCGGAAGUAACCCGACUGUCAUGUUGAUUAAGGAGUUAAUUGAGACCGAACAGAUCACUGGAGAACAGGCAUCAUGGGCUGUGGCUGCUCUCGGCUAUCACGUCAAAACACCAACUCAGGAGCUCCUCAAAGAGCUUGUUAGUCUGUUGAAGUCUGGUCCAGUGCAAUCGUCCAAGACAUUGCUGCAAACUGCCCUGAUGACGGUGGCCGAUCUGUUGAAUUCCGCUUGCAGCUCUCGUUUCUCUGCCGCCAAGAAAUAUCCCGUUUCUGUCAUGGGAGAUUUCUGCGACAGCAAGAGCAAAAUCAUUACCAAUGAAUUUGUACCUUUCCUCGCCAAGGCACUGGAGUCUAGCACGGAAGUCUUUGAUCGCAUUGUCGUUCUGACCGCAAUGGGAUCCCUCGGCGUCGAGGAAAUUGUUCCCGUUCUUUUGCCCGUCAUCCGCGGUAACGGAAAAUACGAUGACACUGCCGAACGUAUCCGCGCCAUCCUUUCGCUCCAACGUGUCGUCUUCACUGCCCCGGAAAAGAUUCACCCGAUUUUGACCAGUUUGGCUGGUAAUGUCGGUGAGCGCCCUGAAGUCCGCAUGACUUCACUGGGUCUGCUAUUGAUGUCAAACGCUCCUCAGUCUGUGUGGCAGAAAUUCGCCGCCAGUUCUUGGUUUGAGCCUAGCCGCCAAGUUGGAUCAUUCAUCCACACUCUGAUUCAUUCUCUCAGCAAAGCGCCAUCUACUACCCCCUUGCUAGCGGAUCUUGUUAAAAAGGCCAACGUUGCCUGGCCCCUGGUCAAGAUUGUGCCGUUUGGACAGCCGUUCUCCUACGGCGAUAUUCGCUCAUCCCGUUUGGACGAAGGUAUCACCGUCAUGAUGCGCACCGUCAGUCUCCGUGAUCCCGACCAAUCUUUUUCCGCCUACUUUUCAAACUCGUACUAUUACGAGCUUGGUCCGUUGAGCAGAGAACCUCUGACGGUGACCCUGUGGAACUUCAACAUGCAUGACAUUUGGAUGAGCGUCAUGAGCAAAAUCUACGGCGCAGUGACUCCCAAGUAUGGCGUUAUGUGGGCCCAAGGAGAGAAAUUAGGCGAUAAGAAAGAAAGCACAUUAAAGGGAAUUUGGGAUGCUCUGUACGCCACUGCUCGCCCGGCCGAUAAAACUGCUGGACUCUUGCACAUCGACCUAUUGGGAGGUUCUGUUAACCGUUUCAUCAACUUCGCUAAUUUGGAACAGUCUAUUCCGAAGUUCAUGGCUGCCAACAUGAAUCAAACAAAAGAAAGCAAAAUUAGCGUCACCAAAUAUCGUUUGCUGGGCGAUUACAAUGCCCGCUUUGCCACCGAGCUGGGUCUGCCCAUGCGCUACUUGUUCAAUUUGGCCACGGUCCUUUCCAUGCAAGGCAGCAUUAAGAGUGACGGAAAGGGUGGCAUUGAUACUGACAUCAACUCUUUGUGGACCUGGAAGGUAUUGGGUGAAAUCCGCGUGGACAUUCCCUUCAGCGGUAGUUACAUCGCCACCGGAGUCGACGUUCUCAUUGAUUCCCAUAUGCCGAGGGGGGUGAAUUUCGCUUAUCCUGCCGAGAAAUGGAUCAUUAAUUUUGCCCCCCCUAGUAAGGUGACCGACCUUCUCUAUUACUGCGUCAAACCUUAUACCAUAAGUCGCAGUUUCAUCAAACCAACCCUCGAAGGUCAAGAUCUCUACAUCAUCAGCGUUACCGAUAAGCCAAUUAAUCGCGAUUUCAAUCUUGGAGGGCAAUUUAUGGGCAUCAACGUAAAACUUUAUGAGAAAAGCGAGGUAGCUAACUCUGACAAAGAGUCCUGGAAGCAGUGGCUCUCCAAGUGGGACAUCAACAGCUGGUCCAACCUUGGCAUGGUCCCGAACGAACUCAAUAGUCGCAAGUACAUGAUUCGUUACGAUCCCUACGGCACCACGGCUAAAAUGAUUUCAACUUCCAUGUUUUACCAAUAUGCGGCCAAAUCCAGCACCAAUAAUUUGAUUUACGAGACAGGGUCCAGCAAGGCGAGAUAUCCUAACGAGCCAGAGGUGAUUUCUUACAGUCCAAUCCGCGAUCAUUUCCGCCCAAUGGUCGUCAAUCUGUUCAAAGACAUUGAAAAUGGCAACGCUCGAGUAAUGGAAGCAACGGUCACGGCGGAACAUCAAGAUGGAACCCUUGAUCAUUUCUUCUCUAAAUUUGGCAUUUCCAUGAAUACCCGGUACACCAAGGAUUGCACCGAAUGGCAAACCGAGCACAGCACGACUAGUCCCAAAGGUUACUCGAAAAUUAACUCGAAAAUCUGCUACAAGGCCGUCCGUAAGUGGAAUAAUCCCCCUAUUUAUGGAUUCAGCAAAGACAUGCUGGAAAUGACCGAAGAGGACGACAUCGGAUUCGGACCUGAAUGUGAACACAAAGUCCGUUUCACAGCCAAACUCAGCCGUGACGAAUCUGCUGCCCAGGUCGCUCUCAACAGCGCUUCCGGAAAACAAUGUCUUAAGGAUAUGGCUUCCGGAUUGGAAGGCAGUCCCGCUUGCACCGCAGCUCGUAAAUUAGACCACAUUUACAACAACUACGAAUUGAAAUCCGCGACCGAAAACAUGUCCGAUUCCUGGCUGCAAUGGGCUCGUGGAUUCGUGUUUGGCUUGAAUUCGCUCCUUGAACCAUUCAUAGUUGAGCACAAACACGCCCAGACCAAUACUCCCGGACAGGCCAGCUGGAACAUCAAACGAGACCCGCUCACCGGAGACAGCGACAUGACAUGGGUUCGUCCUCAUGAAACGGUAGUGGCCAAAAAUGUUCGCUGGGACGCCUUGAAGGAAUGGAAGCGUUUUUCUCCGUUGACCUUCGCCUUCGCACAGGUCUACUACCCUUUGAAUGCCGGAAGCAAUUUUAUCCAAGACUCACUCGAAUUGUUCUCGGGGGGAGUCUCCGAGUCCAAGUGCUACGUUGGAUCCAGUUCCGUCGACACUUUCGAUGGCGCUUCUUACAAGUACGCCGUUGACGGCAAUGACCACGUCCUGUUGACCGACUGCAGCAGGAGAUCGCAGAUUGCCAUUCUCGCCCGUAAGGGUAACUAUGGCCAGAAAAUCAUCACCGUUCACUUGGGCAAGGAUACCAUUGAAAUGGAUCCCACCGCUUACGUUUCCGUCAACGGAGCCAAGACUGAUUUCACUAAAAUGGAAAAGGGAAGUUUCAUCGAGAUCCGCACCCCUGGUUCCAAGUCCAUCAAAAUGGUUGUCUUCCCCAUGCCCGAAGGAGGUUUGAUUUUCGACAUCCGAAGCAUCCAAUUCUGGAUGAAGAUCAAGGGAGAUUACGUUGAGCUUUCAGCCCCCAUUCACAUUCGCGGCAAAGCAUGUGGUUUGUGCGGUGAUUUUAACCAGGAGCUUACCGGCGAAUUCAAGACUGCCGAUCGUUGCGCUUUGACUUCCGGCGAACUUAUGGCUGCUAGCUUCAAGCUGAAAUCUGGAGAUAACUACUCAGAUAACUACGAGAAAAAGUCUUGCCUGUCUGCUGAUCAGCAAUUCAACACUUAUCUUCCUGAUUAUGACUUGAAGGCUACUGGAUAUUCCAUGAAAGGAAAAUGUGAAGACUAUGACAACCAAGAAUUUGGACGCAAAAAUUACUACCAUUUGUAAUAAUAGUAAUUGUAAGUGCGUUGUCUUAUCGAUUCGUUAUUAGAAGACACAGUAGACAAUUUGGUUUAAUUAGAGAACACUGAUAUUUCGGGUACACAAUAAACUAGAUUUGCUUUA